CAUAUGACACUGAUGAGAGGACCGAUCCCACUGCGAGCGAGCGUCACUGACGUCUGCUGUAAAAACAAAGGCAGCUCGGGCACUUGUCAGGGAUGAGAUGCUGUAGGCUGACAUUGUCUGGAGGUACUGCUCGAUAAUAUGUGGAGGAUGGACUGCCGGGGAGCUCUGCCUGCCAUAUGCGCCGCUUGUUUCAUAGGCAUUGUGGUGAGCCAGACCACACUCACUCCUGCUGUGACCAACACCACUCUCAUCGAGAAUGUGACCGUUUUGACUAUAACUCCCGUGAUCCUCAGCAGCACGACCCCGGGCUGCUCUGCAUUCAACAUUUCUACUUGUGAGCCCUGUGCACCGGGAUCGCAGUACGACAACAACACCCUGCUGUGUACGUGCUGCUCUGACCCAGGGCUGUGUCUAUUUCCUGGAGCCUGCCUGCCAUGCAAUAAGGGUUUCUAUCAGCCACUAGCAGGACAGCAGCAGUGUCUGCCCUGCAACCGUGGCUUCUACACAAACUUCACUGGAAGUCCACUAUGUCGCCCUUGCCCUCCUGGAUCCUUCAGCAAUAACACUGGUGGAGAAAGCUGCACAAGUUGUUCACCAGGUUUCUUUUCAUCGCAGCAGAGCUCCACUUCAUGUGCACCAUGUGCACUUGGAAGUUUUUGCAACUCCUCUGGUUGUAGCCAGUGCCAGAUGUGUCCCGGAGGAACAGAAGCUCUGCAGACAGCCGCUAAAGGCUGCACACAGUGUCGGCCAGGUAUGCAUAAGGCUCCCCAUCAGACUACGUGUCAGAUCUGUGGCAGUGGUUACUUCCAGAUCCACUGGGGCCAGGAGAGCUGUGAUGUAUGCCCAGAGAAUCACUACUGCCCUAGUCCAGACGUGAACCCCAUUCAGUGUCCCGGCGAUGCGUUUUGUCCAGAGGGCAGCUUAUCUCCAAGCUACUGCAUGGAGACUUUCUUCCGCAAAGAUGGGGACACUUGUGAACUGGCUCCGGUCACUAUUGCUCUUUUAGUUAUUGGAGGAGGGGUGGCCCUACUCUUCAUCAUUUUAAUGGUCCUACGUCGACGGAGAGACACUGAUGGAGAGCUGACCAUAGCCCGAGCUCCAUUACUACGCAAAGAGCGACCUCAGGGUCGAUACUACGGGAUCCCUUGUGAUGCAGAACCUGUAUAUGCUGGCUGGUGAACCAAAGGACCUCAGCUCAGCUUUCCUUGGUGCUUGGUUGGACAAAACCCACUGAAGUCUUUUCUGACUGAAGUCUUUUUCUGAUGGUGAAACACUGGAAUACUGCCUUAAGAAUACUUUUGACAACCCACCAGCUUUUUUAUGUGGUACAUUUGAAUAUGUUAUUGAGAAGCAGAAGUUUGUGAAUUCCUGUAGUUUGGCACUGUUACAGUCGUUUCAUUCAGAGACAAACACGCUCCUUUUGUAAACGAGAUUAUUGGAUUAUGAGAGGUAUGCUGGAACGGUGAAAACGAGAUGUGUGCCUUGACCUGGUGGGAACCUCUCCGUCUUAUGAAAAGCACUUUUUUUUACAGAGGUAAUUGAUUUACUUUGCACUUACGUGUUGGUAGACUUAACUCAUAUAGUGACACAGUCAACUGUGGUUGGUGCCUUGUGUUUUUUAAUGCAUCUCAUUACAGUACAUUGUAUUGUCUGUAGUUUCACUGAUACAUUUGCUCAAUGUUUUUCAUCUGCUUUUUUUAAGGUUAUAUUUG